CACCAUGAUUGAAGACAAUAAGGAAAUCAAGGAACAUUCCUCCGAAAGGGGGAGAGUGACUCUCAUUUUUUCCUUAAAGAAUGAACUUGGAGGACUCAUAAAAGCACUGAAAAUCUUCCAGGAGAGUCACGUGAACCUGUUACAUAUAGAGUCCCGGAAAUCAAAGAGACGAAAUUCAGAAUUCGAGAUUUUCGUGGACUGUGACGUCAGCAGAGAACAGCUGAGUGAUGUUUUCCCCCUGCUGAAGUCCCACACCACUGUCCUCUCUGUGGACUCGCCCGACCAGCUCGCCCUGAAGCAAGACGUUAUGGAGACUGUCCCUUGGUUUCCAAAGAAGAUUUCUGACCUGGACUUCUGUGCCAACAGAGUGCUGAUGUAUGGAUCCGAACUCGACGCAGACCAUCCUGGCUUCAAAGACAACGUCUACCGUAGAAGACGGAAGUAUUUUGCAGAGUUGGCUAUGAACUACAAGCAUGGGGACUCCAUUCCCAAGAUUGAAUUCACGGAAGAAGAGAUUAAGACCUGGGGGACCAUCUUCCGAGAGCUAAAUAAGCUCUACCCGACCCACGCCUGCAGGGAGUACCUGAGAAACCUUCCUCUGCUCUCCAAACACUGUGGGUACCGGGAAGACAACAUCCCGCAGCUGGAAGAUGUCUCCAACUUUUUAAAAGAAUGCACAGGGUUUUCCAUCCGUCCCGUGGCUGGUUACCUCUCACCAAGAGAUUUCCUGUCAGGAUUAGCCUUUCGAGUCUUUCACUGCACUCAGUAUGUGAGGCACAGUUCAGAUCCCCUCUAUACUCCAGAACCAGACACCUGCCACGAACUCUUGGGUCACGUUCCUCUCUUGGCCGAACCCAGUUUUGCUCAGUUCUCCCAGGAAAUCGGCCUGGCUUCCCUUGGAGCUUCAGAGGAGACUGUUCAAAAGCUGGCAACGUGCUAUUUUUUCACUGUGGAGUUCGGUCUAUGCAAACAAGAUGGACAGCUGAGAGUCUUUGGCGCUGGCUUGCUUUCUUCCAUCAGUGAGCUCAAACAUGCACUUUCUGGACAUGCCAAAGUUAAGCCCUUUGACCCCGAGGUUGCCUGCAAACAGGAAUGUCUCAUCACAAGCUUCCAGGAUGUCUACUUUGUAUCUGAGAGCUUUGAAGAGGCAAAGGAGAAGAUGAGAGAAUUUACCAAAACAGUGAAGCGCCCAUUUGGAGUGAAGCACAACCCGUACACGCAGAGCAUUCAGGUCCUGAGAGACGCCGAGAGCAUAACUGGUGCCGUGAAUGAGCUGCGGUAUGACCUCGAUGUCGUCAGCGAUGCCCUCGCUAGGGUCAGCAGGUGGCCCAGUGUGUGA